AAAAGUAAUCAAAAAUGUUAUGUUACUAGAUAUCUAAAUUUUUCGUAAAAGUCCCAAAAUUGAAUAAUGAUGUUUUUAAAAAUAUUAAUGUUUAUGCUCUUGGCGGCCUUUGAGGUCGACCGUCUGUAUGCCAUGAACAUGGACAAUGCCCGGAUAGUUCUUAGAGAAUCAAACAAAAGGAGGGAUCGACAUGGAGUGCCACAUUUGGCUUUGGACAUGGCUCUUAGCGAAGGAUGCCAAACAUAUGCUACGCAACUGGCGAAGUCGAAUAAUAUGACAUACUCGGACCCCACUAAUAAAAAAUACACAGAAAACAUCUGCAAAUAUGAAAUUAGAGCGGGAGCUCUAUCAAGAUGCGUCCAUAAUUGGUAUCAUGGAAGAAAAUUUGAUAAGUUAGACCCGAGAGCUAAGGAGUUUACUGCACUGAUUUGGAGGUCUUCCCAAUUUAUGGGCUAUGGAGACGCUAACAUAAAUGCUUUACAAGGUGUUUUUGUGGUCAGAUAUACUCCACCCGGAAAUGUCCCAGGACUAUACACGGACAAUGUGCCUCCUAAAAAGGAAAAAAAGAAGCAUAAGCAUAAGAAGAAGCACAAGCAUAAGCAUGAUGAAGAUGGUGCCAGUUGCCUAGAUAAUCGAUAUGUCAUUUUGAUGUCGAGUCUUUUCUUUCUAUCCACUAUUUGGGAGUGAAGCUUUUUCCCUAUUUUACUAUUUCCACACUAGAACCCCAUCGAGAUAAAAUAAAUACUUAGUGUAAAAUAAAUUCCAGUCAUCUGGUUCUUAGCCCAGUUUCUUUUA